GCUUGACAAGGGCCUGUAUGGAGCGGCCCUCUUGAUACCUCAGCUUGCACGUUCAGCAGGCUACCCGAAGAAUCUGCUGAUUCUUUGUCUCAGAAGCUACAUCUUCUUGGUGGUGAAUUAUGUUUGCCAAGUCCUGGUUUUAUACAUGAUUGCCAAAGAAGAACUCAUCUGGGAUGCCUUUGCUGGUCAGAUGUUCCUUUGCGAUUUCGGAAGAAAUGCAGGUGAUUGUCCCAACGGGCCGGACUGCGUAGGCCCAGGAGGCACCAUCUACGAACCCGCCCGAGUGUACAGUUGGGGCAUCUGGUCCACUCGCGUCUUCGUGCGGGAUGCAUUGCUGGCAAUCUUCCCAGAGAAGACCGAGGACAUUCACAAGUUUGUAGACCCUGGCGAGUAUGGUCUGGAGAGCUACUGGUGUCGCUGGCUUUGCUGUGCUCUCUUCACCGCCACCUUGCUGGGUGACUUAGUGGGAAGCCGCUUGACCGAAAGAGGGUCAGGGCCCCGGCUGGACGGCGAUGCUCUCAGGAUAUUCUGGGACAUCCCAAACAAGGCAGAGUGUUGGCUGGACUAUGAAGUCCCUGAGUGGGCAGAGAAGGAGCAUGCCAAAGCGAUUCACAACUGGUCGGAAGUGGAUCUUUGCAAACUGAAGAUUGCCGGAAUGCCCCUUCACUGGAAGCUCAUCAAUUUGUUUGUCAUUGUGCUUCCCAAGUUGGGUAUAUGGAUCCUGACCGCGCAGUCGGGCAUCACCUUUCUGAUGGAAACUUCAGCGAUUGAUGACAUUGUGGUCAAUUCAGUGGCCCUGGCGUUCAUCUUGCAGAUUGAUGAGUUGUUAUGCAGUGAACUCAUGUCGGACACCACCAAGACCCUCUUGGAAAUGGUGGAAGACUAUGAAUUGCAGGGCUUUGAAGAGGCCAAUAGGGUGGAAGACAUGAGAGACGAAGAUGUGUUGCAGGAGUACGAGUCGCACUUGGACACGCACUGGUCCUUCCUGGAGAUCAUUUUCCUGAUCCCCUACAAGCUGGUGGUGGUGCUCUUGUUCACCGUGUUGUUCGUCGAAAUGUACUACUUCACACAUUGCAUCAAGAGUGAGGAUGGCGGUUGGGUUUCGAGAGAAAUGCGCUAUCCCUUGAGUACCCACUUCAGUUUCCUUUGUGCAUUCUUCAGCCCCUUCUUGAAGCUUCUUGGGCAGCAGAAGAGUUUUAUUUAUUUGGCACUACUUCUGGGUUACACCAGAAAUGCCUUCAAACCACCGGAUCAGGAAGCAGCAAAACCAGCUGGCAAACUUCCAGUCUGGUUUACCAGCCUUUUCUUGAGCGCAGGGGAGUAUUAUCACAAUCCUUCCACGGGCGUGUCGAUUUGGGAGAAUCCGACCCACUGCACCACGUUCAUCCUCUCGGUGGCGGAGCAGCUCCAGGAAUCGGACGCCUUUCCCCAGAGUCUUUGGAAGGCACGUCGUCGCGAGGAUGGUCGGCUUCCAAAACGCAUGGGAAAGGCCAUGGAAGACCCCUGGACGUCGCUGGACAAGCUGGAAGCCAUGAGUGGUCCAAGUGGUGCUACCCAGGACAUGGAUAUCGAAGCUUUCCUUGGAUCCCUGGCUCAGGCGCCCACGAGUGACCCCACGUCGCCUAGUGGUAGCGGCCCAGUACAGCUGGUAGCGACGAGUCCAAAGGCUCCGCGCUUGAAAGACGUGCGCAGCUGGCAGCCCCAAGUGCCCAGGUUCGAUGCAGGGAAACUUUCGGCCGAGGUGAGUUCCACCUCAAGAUCGCCUCUGAAGAAGAGGGAUGUUCCAUUCAGGCCGGAGGCCCAGGGCUCUUCAGAGGCGAAGGUUGGAGAUGUUCGCGGAUGGUCGCCUGCUCCAGUGAGGUUUGACGGCAAUUUGGGGGAGAUGACGUCUCCGACCAGGGAGGGACAGCUACGCACUUCUGCCGAGGUUGGCGGUCAAGCUGAGGCAGAAGCUGCCCCAGUGCCACCACAGGUGGAUGAGCUUCGGGUGUCAGCGCCUGACCCAGAGGAGGCCGUGGCGGCCCCCAUGCCGCCCUGAUGUCGGCCCAUCCGAAGGCCCAGCCACCCAGUCGACGGCUGAGGUGAUUUUCUGACACGACUUCAGCC